AUGGAGGCGUGUGAGAGUCUGGAGCCGGAGAUGACAGAGCUGCAGGAGCUUCAGUCUGAAGCCUCCGAGGCCGUCAGUCAGGACGAUGAAGACGAGUUAGAGGAGCUGCAGAACAGUCUGCGAGAGGUUGUCCAGGACCAGUCAGUGAAGCCCAAACUGCAGUGCCUGAUGGUGGAUCCAUCGUUCUCCAUGGUGACAGUGCAGAGUGAGGACAGUGGUAUUGUUUGGGAGACGGCCUCUAGCCGCUGCUCUACUCCCUGGGCCUCUGAGACAAGCUCCAUCUCUGAAGGCUACAGCAUGGAUGGCUCUGGAGCCGCGGGGAAGAUCACCAUCGUCUUCGAUGAGGAGAAAAUAGUUCGCAGGAGGAUUAGGUCUGGAGGAAGGAGCAGCAGACUGGGGGACAGGCUUAGCCGACCUGGCAGCUCGAGAUCCACCUCAGCUCUGGGAGUGGAGCGACCGGAGAUGAUGGAGGUCUCUCUCCCUAACGUCAAAGAGGAGAAAACGGAAACAGAGCCAGACCUGGAAGAAAUCAAAAACAAAGAUCAGCAACUGUUUAGUUUGAUUUCUGAGGGUUAUGAGAUCCUCAACAUCAGGGUCCCCUCCAAACUUCCUACUGUGGAUGAGGAGGAGAGCACGGAGCUGCACGACAAUUUGUCUUAUCUGGACCAGACUCCACAGAUCAGGUCCCGAAACCCCCAUGACUGGACACCAAAUCACGUCCUGCCAGAGGAGGGGGAAGUAUUGGGUUACCAAGAGGACUCUUCUCAGCCAUCAGCAGACACAAAAGCCGGAAACACACCCACUCAGAAAGAGAGCACCAGUGACUUUGACUACUUUGAGAAUUUUACCCUUUUGGAUCAUGCAGUUCCUGCAGAACAAGUUCCAGAGCUGCAGCAGGAGAAACAACAGCCUCCAGUGAAACCCAAGGCAGAGGAGCAAACACCUGCAAAGGAGACGGCCACAGACAGCCCCUCUGCAUCCGAAGACUCUUUUGUCUUUGUAACAGAUGUGGAUAUGGUUGGAGAACACCUGGAUGAGGUCUUUUACGGAGAAGGAUCUCCUGCUGAUGCACCGCAGCGGAAGGACGACGACGAGGCAGACGGAGGAGUUAGGAUGAGGAUGAGACGAGAGAGCCAGAGAAUGAUGAAGGAGGGCGGUUCGGUGUUGUUUGGGAGCGAAGAGACAACGCUCACACCCAUCUAUAUCUCCGCUGGACCCCCGAAGAUCAUCGACCAAAUCCUUCUGGAGGAGCCCACCGCCAUGUCUUUCAUGUACUCUGACCUCUACGAGGACGCUGUAGGCCAGCGGCUGAGGAGUGACGAGGAAUACUCAGAAGCGGAGAGCGUCACGUCGGAGAAGUCUUACAAGAGACGUUUCUCGGAUUCAGACGAGGCAGAAGGCUACCUGGAGAAGUUUAUUUUGAAGGAUGAAACUUCCACAGUGGAGGCCCAACCCGAGUCUGUGAAGGAUAUGAGGGUGGGGAGGAUGAUGUUUUCACAAACUAAGUUUGAGAUGACAGGGUGUCUAACAAGGACGGUUGAAGAAGCAGAAAUAGACAAGACAAAGACAGAGGAACCGAAGAUAAAGGAGGUCAGAGCUGGAGAUAGGAGAGACGAUGUGCAAUCAGCAACUUUUGAGGAGGAAGUAGAAGUAGAGGAACUCUCAAUGCUGACUGGAGAGCUGGAAGAAGAAUCAGUUCAGGGGUUUAAACUGAAAGAGGUUAAGGAAAUGAAACAUGAGAGAGAAGAGCACAAAGAAAGUAUACAAAUUGAGCAAAGCUUGACUGAAACCAAGCAACCAUAUCAGACACAAGAAGAGGUGGAAAAAAUGCCUGAAGGGCUUGUGAAGGACAAAGAUGAGACAGCAACUGAAGAAUCAAUUCAUGGGUUUAAACUGACAGAGGUUAAGGAAAUGAAACAUGAGGUAAAAAGAGACCAGGCCGAGCCCCAGACUAGCAGCACUGAUGAACCACUUCCUGAUAUUCAAGAGGUGGGGAAGGAAGUAGAGCAAAAAGAAAGAGAGAGUGAGGAGCUUCAGAGAGAAGAGCACAAACAAAGUGAGCAAAGCUUGACUGAAACCAAGCAACCAUGUCAGACACAAGAGGAGGUGGAAAAAAUGCCUGAAGAGCUUGUGAAGGACAAAGAUGAGACAGCACCUGAAGAAUCAAUUCAGGAGUUUAAACUGACAGAGGUUAAGGAAAUUAAACAAGAGGUAAAAAAAGACCAGGCCGAGCCCCAGAUUAGCAGCACUGAUGAACCACUUCCUGAUAUUCAAGAGGUGGAGAAGGAAGUAGAGCAAAAAGAAAGAGAGAGUGAGGAGCUUCAGAGAAAAGAGCACAAACAAAGUGAGCAAAGCUUGACUGAAACCAAGCAACCAUAUCAGACACAAGAAGAGGUGGAAAAAAUGCCUGAAGGGCUUGUGAAGGCCAAAGAUGAGACAGCACCUGAAAGCAACGAGGUGCCACAGAGGGACGUUCAAUCAGAAAUCCAAACAGAAACCAGUGAAGAGAACUUGUCUGAAGAGGCAGCUGCUGACACCAAGAUGGAGGCUGCUGAUGAGAAAACAACGACUGAGGCCAAACCAGAGGUCGUGGUCGAAGAAGAAAUUAUCACCUCGACCGAAACCUCAGGUGAACCGAAAACAUCAGUUGAAACGUCACUGUGUGAGGAAACAGAAGACUUUCCUGAGGAUGUUGGACCUGUGGAAGUCAUCACCGACUGUGAUAGUGCAGUGCAAGCAGUCGUGGAGGUAACUGAAAAAGCAGUGAAUGAAAAAGAGAUUCAAACCCAGGUUACGAUUGAUCUUCAGGAGGCAGCACAUGAUGAGGAGGCAGCUGCUGACACCAAGAUGGAGGCUGCUGAUGAGAAAACAACGACUGAGACAAAACCAGAGAUCGUGGUCGAAGAGGAAAUUAUCACCUCGACCGAAACCUCAGGUGAACUGAAAACAUCAGUUGACAAGUCACAGUGUGAGGAAACAGAAGACAUUCCUGAGGAUGUUGGACCUGUGGAAGUCAUCACCGACUGCGAUAGUGCAGUGCAAGCAGUCGUGGAGGUGACUGAAAAAGCAGAGAAUGAAAAAGAGAUUCAAACCCAGGUUCAGAUUGAUCUUCAGGAGGCAGCACAUGAUGAUACAGCAGAUUUUCCAACGGCAAGGCUGGAGGCUGCAGCUAAGAGCCAGUCACCAGAAUUUGUGGCUGAAGCUCAUCAGGAAUCAGAGGUUAGAACCGAGAUUUCAAGCGAAGUCGCAAAACCCGUGAUCCUGGAGGAAGUCGAGGCGGAUUCAAACGAAAAACAUGGUGAAAUCGAUGAAGCCCUGCAGCAGCAACCAGAGGAGUCAAUGACUGAAGUCAAGGCUAAAACACCCACAGACGACACUGGGACUGUAGUUCAAGACAUGGUGAGUGUAGGUGACGAGUUGAUCCUCCUCGUCCCCAAAGGACAAGCUGUAGAGAUGGACAUUGAAAUCAGUCAGUGGUCAGACAAGACCCCAAGUGAUGCACAAGCUGUCCCAGAACCUGAUAGUGUAUAUGAGCAUCUUGUAGCAUCUGAAGAUACACCAAUGCCAAUCAAAGAAACAAAGACAGAGAAUCAGUUGGAAUUAGAACCAGAAGUCCAUGAAAAGGUAGAAGAACCACUUGAAUAUGACUUAGACAGAGCGUGCUCACCACCUGCUCCUGAGGAGGAGGUCGACACAGAGGAGAAGAAGACAGAGGAGGAGGUAGAUGAAGACGAGGGUGUCUUUUCUCCUCUUAGGACCUUUACUCCCCUGGAGGAUUUAUCUGGGCUGCAGGGAGAGGAUAUACCACCAGAAGAGCCAGAUGUUGAACUGAAGGCCGAGGUGAACGAAGCAGCAGAUGGCCCAGAAGCAAUCAGUAUAAUCCAGGAUGUAGCUCCAGAUGUUGAUCUGCAAAGAGAGGAUACAGAGAAAAAGAUGGAGCAAGAUGAGGUGGUUGAAGAGGCUCCAGAAGCUCCUGUGGAAGAGUUGGAAUAUGAGGUGAUUUCUAAACAGGAUGCAGAGGAGAUGCCUGAAUCGGAAACACAAAGAGAUGCAGAGGAAUCCAGUGCUGAGUCUGAGGACGAAUGUGAGUCAGGGAAACAUCAGAGCCAUGAGGUGAUGUCGGUGGACAAAGCGUAUGACCAAAAUAAGGAGAAGCUGAGUGACUGGAUCUCAGAGCUGCAGGGUCAGUCAGAGAACAUUGAGGACUUGGUGUCUGAACUGGAGCUGGCCUACAACUCUGUGGAGGACCAGUGUGUGGAUGGCGAGGUGGCGAUGCAGGCACAGAACGAGGAGAUGAUGGCUCUGGUGAUGGAGCAGUACAACAACAUGUCCGUCAGCAUGGAGGAGGAGAAGAAGGCCAAGCUGGAGCAGUUGUACGACCAAAUAGUCUCCUUCCAAGAGAGCAUUGACACCACCAAGGUCACGCUGGAGACCACGGCCAGAGAGGCCGAGACAGACGCACGGGUGAAAGUUAAACGUUGUGGUCGUGUGUUUAGGCUCGAUGCAGCUCUAGACUCAGCCAUGUCACUGGAGCUGGGUCCCAAGGGACUCCUGGUGUUCGAGGACUACGCCAAGGGCAACACCUCCAGCUCACACGUUGAACAUCGCAAGGGAAUCCCAGUGCCUCAGAGGCCCACACUGCAGCCCCAGGAGCCAGGCUCAGCCACCAGCACCAGUGUCACUGUUUACUGGAAGGUCAACCCUGGAGAUAUCAUAGACUGCUUCCAGGUCUACUGCAUGGAGGAUCCACAUGGAGCUGUGUCAGAGGAGUACCGUGUGACAGUGAAGGAGAGUUACUGUGUCUUGGAGGAGCUGGAGCCUGAUAAGACAUACAAGGUGUGGGUGAUGGCUGUCAACUACACAGGCUGCUCUCUGCCCAGCGACAGACUCGCCUUCACUACCGCUCCAUCAGUGCCAGUGAUUGACACAGAGCGCUGUACUAUCAUGUGGGACUCGGCCACGCUGAGGUGGCAGAAGCAGACCCCCGGACAGAGUUACACUCUGGAGUACUGCCGUCAGUAUGACCUGGAGGGAGAGGGGCUCAGAAGUAUCUCAGGUAUCAGGAUCUGUGAACAGAGGGUUCUUCUGCAGCCCAAUGAGAAUUAUCUAUUUUACAUCAAAGCUGUGAAUGAGACUGGAGCCAGCGAACAGAGCGAGGCAGCACUCAUCUCCACUAAAGGUACAAGGUUCCACCUGCUGAAGGCCUCGGCUCACCCUGCAUUGGAGCUUUCAGAGGACCAGACUGCUCUGCACUUUUCCCAGGACGCACGUGAAAACAUUGAUUUUUUGUCGAGGUGUCCAUCCGUCCUGGGUGAGUUGCUGUCAGCACGAGGGCGUUACUACUGGGAGACGAUUGUCUCAGGAAGCACAGCGUACAGACUUGGAGUGGCGUACAGCGCAGCCAAUAGAGACAGCUCACUGGGGGAAAACAGCCAGUCAUGGUGUUUGCAGUGUGUCCCUACACCCUCAGGUUGCAGAUAUCAGCUGCUCUACAACCAAGUUCAGUCCAGCGUGUUUGUGAUUGAGAUGCCGGAGCGAGUAGGUACCCUCCUGGAUUACCAGCUUGGUCGUCUGUCUUUCUACAACCCCCUCAGUGGUCAGCUUCUGGGGACGUUCAGUCAGCGCUUCACCCAGCCAUGCCACCCCGCUCUGGCCCUGGAGAUGCCGGGCAGUCUGGAAGUCAGGAUGGUGCUGGAGGUGCCAGAGUUUACCAAGGAGAGUUAG